AUGAGGAUGACGGACCUGGCGAGGGCGUGCGGGGUGAUGAUCGAGUGGGAGCAUGCGAGGAGGGACGAGGAGAUGAGGGAGAUGAGGGAGGAAUUUGAUGCUUCGAGGAAGGUGGAGAGGCAGGCGAUGUUCUGGAUGAUCUACAACACGAAGAGGCUGACGAGGAUCUGGAGGAGCAUGAAGGACGGGUGCCAUGAGAGGCUCUUGGGGUGCCAUUCGUGCCAUGGGGGCAGUGGGGGCAGUGGGGGCAGUGGGGGCAGUGGUGGCUCAGGGGCGGACUUGUGGUCGGACCAGUGCUAUGCGAGCCGGAGGCUGAAGUGGGUUGCUGCGAUGACGGGGGUGGACUUUGGCAUGGUGGAGUUCGACAAGAGCCUUUACUGCGAGGACAUGAAGAGGUUGUCUUCGGUGAUGGAUGUGGAGCACGACGUCGUCUUCGUGACGGUGGGGUCGAGCGAGGGGGAGGCGACGGUGAGGAAGGGCUUCUUCGCGUACGGGAGGAAGCUUCUCAGGGAGGAUGGUUUGGAGGAGGAGGGUGCGAAGAGGCUCAAGGAGUUCUUCAGGAGGGUGAUGCAUGUGGCCUGUGUGCUCAUGCAGGAGGAUGAGUGCGGGACAGUGGCGGACUGGUUCUACUUCCUGAGGUGA